UUGUUGUCAACAAAAGCUUCCUCCUUAGGGAAUUUAUUUCUUCUUGCAUUAUACAUAGGAAACAUUAGUUUUGUGAAAGUACAUGUAGAAAAAUACCAACAUGGAUUUCAUGUUUCUCAAGAAAUUCACACUCUUCUUCCUCCUUAUUUCUGGCUCACUUUUAGCAACUUCUUUUGCUGGUCGAGCAUCAAAUUUCAUAAGAAUCUCAUAUGAAGAUAUGAAUGCAGUCCAAGAGGUAACAACAAGGAGGGAAAUGAAUGAGGAAGAAGUAAGCAACAUCCAUGAGAGGCUUCUUAGAGCUAAUACAAAAGAUUAUGGACGAUAUGAUCCAUCACCAACUUUUUCUAAGCCACCUUUCAAACUCAUACCAAAUUGAAUUAAUGUUCAAAAUAUGAAUCUUUGGAAGUUGGUACCAGAGUUAUAAUAUAAGUACUAUAUAAUAUAAAUAAUCUACUGUUUAAUUAUCUUAGUGUAAUAUAUGACUCUAAUAUAUAUUAUAUAUAGACAUGUAUAAAUAUAUCUAAAUGCUUAGUCAUGUUUUCAAGUCUAUAAUAAUGAAUGAGUUAUUAUAGAAGAUGUACAUGUAGGCAUGUUUUAAGUUUUGUUAUGUGUUAAUAUACAUUAUUCAUAUGACCAUGAAUUGGUGUUUUGCAUGAAAGGAAAUAAUUAAUACUCCAUCCG